GUGUGUGCUUGAUGCUUUGGUUACAUAGACAUUAUUUAUGAUUAUAACUAUCAGUAGUAGCAGAUACACCAAUAAACCUUUCUGUCCCAGCUCCUGCACAAAGAAGUGUGCCAGCUGGUCUGCGAGCAUCAGGAGCCAGCUGGACCUGGACCACCAGCUGCUCUUCCCUGCUGUGCUGACCUACAGGCUCUCUUGUGACCGGAAGGCGCUGGCUCAGAUGAAGGGGCGCACGCUCGGCAACAGCGCCAGCCGGCUGCACUCCUUCCUGGUGGAGCAGCACACGGCAGAGUGGAUGAGGAGGAGCAUCCACUACCUAAACACCUGCAGGAAGUUUGAGGUUGCAGGUGUGCAGAUGCCUCCUCCUCAGCCUCCACCACAGAUGGUGACUGUCCCCAGCAGCGGCUGGCUUCUGUCCACCUACGUCCUGGAGUCCUUCACGAGGAUAGAGGAGCUUAAGGCGAAGGUGACUUCAAUCUUUGGCUCCAUCUCAGUGAUUGAGCACCUCUCCCUCCUAGGCUUGACCUUCUGCCGUGCCACUUCAGGAAUGACCCUGGAUCAGUGGCUGAAGGUCAACGUCCCGAAGACCACAGGGUGGAGGUUGCAAAUAAAGAUGGCCUCUGCUGCAGCCGGUGUGUUCCCUACCAGGCGUGACCGCACCUGCACGCUAUGCAGCCAGAGAACGACCCGGGCGACGGGGCAUAGCAUGCACCGCCCCACGAGGCAGAGUUUCUGCCAGGUUUCUGACCCCCAGAACCGCACAGUGGAGCAGUGGCUCACUGAGUUGAGGGGAGGGAAGACGGAGAAGGAAAUGCUGAGGGACCGACAGAGGGUCAGCAGGAAGAAGAAGAAGAAGAAGGCCGCAAUCCUGAACAAAAAGUCUUCCUAA